UUGAGGAGAAUGGCGCCCACUGUGCUGCCGCUUGGCACCAGCGCCACGGCAUUUCAAGUCUUCUUCUCAAUCCAGAACCAAGAAUUCUCGUUUUCCCUCCACGAUGUAGAUCCUAUCUCUAAUCCCUUAUCCAACGCAAAGAUCGAGUGUGGCGCCCCGAUGCGCGCAAUGUUUCGAGGCUUUGAGGAAGUUCUUUGGGAUAGGCUCCAGAAGAGUAAGAACAUCGAUGCGUUUUGUGUGGAAGUUAAAAACGUUAUGGAAUGUAUUUUGCAUGCUCAAUCCAAGCCAGUGUUAUCGCCCUCGCAGCUCUACACUCAAAUCGAUGAGAUGGGAUGGGAGAACAUUGCUUACAUUAGUGACGACUUCUCUAAGCUCUGGCUUCGCGUGAUCGACAGCGCAGAUCGAGUGCACACUCUACGUUUAAGUUUCUCUCCAGAUUUUCCAUUGUCGCAGCCCAGUAUUACUGCUGACCUUCCAUCUUCGUGGUCUGUGGAAUGGACCUCCCGUGCUAGUUUGAGAGAUGCUCUAUCACAGUUCCAGUUGGCCGUGGAUAGCUAUCAAGAUUUUUGGAACGUGAUGGACGACAUUGACAAAAGAGCUUGGGUACAUGAACCUGUUCAGCUCUCUCGAGCUGACAUCUCCAGACGAAUUUAUUUGGGCGGUCACUGCUCAGUAUCAAUCAAGAUCAAUCCAGCAACUCCGCGUUCUUUACCAGAGUGCAGCUUUUUCGGCCCUGGAACUGUCGUCUCGCCCCUGAGGCAAAGAUUGAUUGGGAGUAGCAUGAUAUGGACAGAAGACAAGAACUUGCUUGACAAUCUAGAAACCGUUCUUCAAGUUCCCAUUCCUCCUCCUCCUGAAACCCAUCAACUGGGAGGACUGUCAACGGAAUGUGGAAUAUGUUACGCAUACAAACUACCAGACGAGGACGGCAUACCGGAUCAUGUUUGUAACAAUCCAAGCUGUGGCCAAGCGUUCCACACAAUAUGUCUAGCUGAUUGGUUGUUGCCCACAACUAUACAGUCCUUCAAUGUACUUCAUGGAACUUGUCCAUAUUGUUCUCAUACUCUUGCUGUCAACAGCGUCCAUUGACAGCCAUGGCCACCGAAGGAACCUUGCAAAGCGUUUCUUUGGCGCUGGACUGGACGGCCAACAC